AUGAAGGAACAAAUGCCUGGGAAAGAAAUCUCACUUUGCAAAACAUUCUUUUAAGAACGUUCUGAAGAUUAUAGACAGUCACGUGGAAAGGAUUGUAGAAAGGGUUAGAGGCAGUGGGCUAAACUUUUUUGGCAUGAGUAAGAUAAAAGAGAAUGUGUAGUUCGUUAGUAACGAUACAGGAACUUGCUGCAUGUAAUCACUAAUUGCCUAAUUAGCAGUAUUAUACAUGCAAUAAAUCGCCUAAAAGUUAGGGUGGGGGAAGAAUAGAGGCGUAGCCAUCCUCCCAGCUGAUGACAGUUUAGUGUUAAUAAUCUCUCAGUAUAGCUGAAACUUAUUUACUAAGAGGCUGUUACUCAGUCGAGUAGGUAAUAGUUACUAGUCAUGCCUUACACCAAGCAUCUCGGAGUUUUGCUGAUUGCUGUGUCCUUGGUUCAUCUGGCUCAAGCACAGUUCCCCAGGGCUUGUACGACGGUUGAGGCGCUGGUGAGCAAGCGAUGCUGCCCUCCGCUGGGAUCGGAUCAAGCCAAUGUGUGCGGCUCGCUGCAGGCCCGCGGCCGAUGUGUCACUGUGGUGGUGGAUGAUCGUCCCUGGAGCGGUCCUUACAAUUUGCGCAAUGUGGAUGACCGGGAGCGCUGGCCUCUGAAGUUCUACAAUGCCACCUGCCAGUGUUUCGGAAACUUUUCUGGAUUUAAUUGUGGAGACUGUAAAUUUGGCUGGACAGGACCAAACUGUGACCAGAGGAAGCCACCAGUUGUGCGGAAAAACAUCCUCGAUUUAACGCCCCUGGAGAGGGCUCGGUUCCUAGAAGCACUGGACCGUGCCAAGGCCACCAUUCAUCCUGACUAUGUGAUUGCUACUCAACAUUGGCUUGGUAUUCUUGGGCCAAAUGGAACCGAACCCCAAGUAUCAAACACCAGCAUCUAUAACUUCUUUGUCUGGCUUCAUUACUAUUCUGUCAGGGACACACUGUUAGGGCCAGGACGUCCAUUCAAAGCCAUUGAUUUGUCUCACAAAGGCCCAGCUUUUGUUACUUGGCAUCGAUACCACCUCUUGCUGUUGGAGAGAGAGUUGCAGAAAAUGCUUAGUGAUGAGUCCUUUGCCUUACCAUACUGGAACUUUGCCACUGGCAGAAAUGAGUGUGAUGUCUGUACUGAUGACUUGUUUGGAGCACCAAGACUGGAUGACCCCACUCUAAUCAGUCUGGGUUCCAGAUUUUCACGUUGGGAGAUUGUGUGUGAUAGCUUAGAUGAGUACAAUCGUCUGGUUACACUGUGUAACGGAACUAAUGAAGGUUUUAUUCGGAGGAGUACAAUUGACCGUUCUGGUGGGAGUCUGCCAACCAUGGAUGAUGUAAAGAAAUGUCUUUCACUUAGAGAGUUUGACCGUCCUCCUUACUUCACAAACUCUACUUCAAGCUUUCGGAAUGCACUUGAAGGCUUUGAGGAGCCAAAUGGAACACUGGAUUUUCCUGCAAUGAGCCUUCAUAAUUUAGUACACACAUUCUUAAAUGGAACCAGUGCAUUGUCCCACUCUGCUGCUAAUGAUCCUCUUUUUGUGGUACUCCAUUCGUUCACUGAUGCAAUAUUUGAUGAAUGGAUGAAGCGCUUUCAGCCCACAGAUGCUGUUUGGCCUCAGGAACUUGCACCAUUAGGACACAAUCGCAUGUACAACAUGGUGCCCUUCUUUCCUCCUAUAACGAAUGAUGAGCUUUUCACACCAGCUGAGCAGCUGGGAUAUACGUAUGCUAUUGAAUUACCAGCUUCUGACACGGACAAUCGUGUAGUUGCAGUGGCUAUUGCAUCAGCUGUUGGUGGAGUACUUAUCGCCUUGCUUGUCCUCUUGGUGCUGCUUGUUCUCUUUUUGAACAGAAAAUGGCGACGAGGCUUUGAGCCACUAAUGAAUGCAAGCUACAACAGCAGAAAAUAUACAGAAGAUGCAUGAAAUGCACCCAAGCAUAGAUCUUUGUAAUAUGCCUUCAUUUUGUUGUGUUGGAGUUCUUUUGGUAUUUGUUAAACCCAAUUUACUUGCACACUACAGCGUAUUAGCUUCAAAUGCUUGUAAUGCGACGGUCUCUCUCGUUAAUUGUGGCUACUUUUGUCAAACCUUUCAUGGCAUUAUGUAAAUAUAUAGUCCCUCUUUGUAGGUUGUUUGCUUUAACAUUUAGUAUUCUUGCUGCUCUUGUACCUAGUAUAGGUGUACUGCACAAGGCCUCCUAGUAUUAACUGCUUACAUGCAGUGUCCACCAUCAUGAUGGUGGUAGUAACUGGUUGGAAGUGUUGGUGUGGCGUUUUACAUGGUUGCAUUAAUGCACAUUCUAAUCCUACUUGUUCUGAAGUAGUCCUUUAAUAAAGUGCUACUAUACCCACCAUUAAGCUGUUGGGACAAUCAGCUGCCUCUAAGUAUUGGCCACAUUAGAUGUAUAAAAAUGUAUGCUCCUCAGGGUGGUCCAUGAAGACGUCUCCAUUACAUAUGCAGCUAAUGUGUUCAUGUGAAAUAAGGACAGUGUAAAGGUAGCGUAGUCUGAGGUGGGUGGACGGCCCUGUAGUAGUUGUAAAAUGGAUUUAAAACUAGAAACCAUAAGCAACCGUUUUGCGAUCAUUCCAUAUGAGGCACAUUCAAAGGGCAGUGCUAUUCUAGAGACAUUUUAUAUUUGCCCCUCUCCCACAUUCUAUUCGAAUGUCCCUAUAUGUGGGUUGGGAUAAAAAAAAAAAAAAAAAACCUUCAGAGGAAAAUACAAACUCUAAAUGCUCAAGAUAGCUUUAACUUGGGGCAGGUAUUACAUUGCUUGUCAGUUAGUGCAGUGUUCAACUGUUUAAUGGAAAUGAGCUGUCAAAAGCCUUAUCCAAAUGAAUGGUUUACAGUAUAAUGAACCUGUUCCUCUUUGCUAUAAGAUUUUGUUAUAACUGCAAAGUAUGCAGCAAUUUAAGACCGAUUAAUCAUGAACAUUUACUGUGUCAAUAAACUAUUUAAACACUUA